AGUUCACUUUUCAUCUCUCAACUACGGAUUCAUGAGAUUCCAACCUCUAACUUUGAGAUGAAUGAAAUGCCGUGCGUGUUGUUGCCUUUGGAUAAUCGAGACACUAUGCGUAUUUCUUGCAUGAUUGUAUGCACUGCCAUACUGAUGAUGGUGAUGCAAUGAGAACAUGAUAUGCAAUAAUGGACAUUUUCAGCAGUGUGUUAUUCUGGCCACAUGUAGAUUUGUUUUCUUGCCGGCUCAAUUAUUGCUCAAUUAUUGCAUCAGCAAUAAUUGAGCCACAUUCACAUGACAUUGUCACUCUCAUUGCUUCCAUCAGUCCGUGCUCUAGUCACCAUCACUAGCCUGUGUGCGUCGUUGGGAGGAAUAUCUGUGCCACAAAUAAUGCUACCUGAAUCUCAUGAUAUAAAAAAGAAGAAAAGUGAAAAGGGAUUUUUUUUCUCUUUUUAUACCACGAUGAAAGUGAAACCUAAAAUCUCCAAGUUCCCAGUCUAAAGCUUCCAUGCCCACUUCCACAAUGGAGCUCACGCUACCACUGUCCAUGGCUUUGGCACUGAUUAUCACCUUCGUGGUCCUCGUGCUCAGCUCCGUCGUGUGGCGCCGCCGCAGCCAUCGGAAGGCGCUGAACCUCCCUCCGGGCCCAAGGGGAUGGCCGGUGUUCGGUAGCCUCGGCUUGCUAGCAGACACGCUCCCGCCACACCGCGUAUUGGCGAAGCUCGCGGCGCGCCACGGCCCGCUCAUGCACCUCCGGUUCGGAUCCUUCCACGUCGUGGUCGCCUCCUCCGAGGAGACGGCGCGGCUGGUCCUCAAGACCCACGACCUCGCCUUCGCCGACCGCCCGCCCACGGCCUUCGGCGAGAUCCUCGGCUACGGCUACCAGGGCAUCGUUCAGACGCCCUACGGCCCCUACUGGCGCAUGGCGCGCAAGCUCUGCGCCACCGAGCUCUUCUCCGCGCGGCGCAUCGACGCGUUCGAGCACGCCCGCGCGCAGGAGAUGCGCGCCCUGACGCGCGGCGUGUUCGAGCGCGCCGGCGCCGUCUUGCAGGUGAAGGAGCACCUGCUGAACUUCACGAUGCGCAACAUUGUUCGCAUGGCGCUGGGGGAGAAAUGGUCGCCGCCGGGCUCCGAUGGUCGUCGUAGCUCCGAGGGCGACGAAGCAUUCCGGCGAUCGCUCAAGGAAUCGUUCACGGCCACUGGUUUGCUGGGCAAUGUAGGAGAGUGGGUGCCGUGGCUCGGCUGGCUCGACGUGCAGGGUUGUGUUCGGAGGAUGAAGCGAGUGCAUGUGCUCUUCGACCAGUUCAACGAGCAGAUCCUCAACGAGCACCAGAAGGACCGGCAGCGCCGUGCAGGAGCAGGGAUGGACGACGACAUGGACCUCGUGAACGUGCUGCUGCAACUGGCCGAGGACGGGCAGGAGGAGCCAACGGAGACAAGGCUCACGCGUGAUGGCGUCAAGGCCUUCCUCCUGGACAUCAUCGGCGGCGGCACGGAGACAGCAGCGGCGACGAUGGAGUGGGCCAUAUUGGAGCUCCUGCGCCACCCGGACGCCACGGCGGCCGCCACCGAGGAGCUCGACCGCGUGGUGGGACGCGCCCGCUGGGUCACCGAAAGGGACCUGCCGGACCUCCCCUACGUCGAGGCCGUCGUGAAGGAGACGAUGCGGCUGCACCCUGUGGGCCCUCUCCUCGUCCCGCACCACGCCCGGGAGGACACGGUGGUCGGCGGCUACGACGUCCCCGCCGGCACGCGCCUGCUGGUGAACAUGUGGGCCGUGGGGCGCGACCCGGCGUCGUGGCCCGACGAGCCCGACGCGUUCCGGCCGGAGCGGUUCCUCGCCGGGGGCAGCGGCGAGGGUGUCGACGUGCGCGGGACGCACUUCCGGCUGCUGCCGUUCGGGUCCGGGCGGCGCAUGUGCCCGGCGUACAACCUCGCGAUGAAGGAGAUGGUGGCGGCGAUGGCGAACCUGGUGCAUGGGUUCUCGUGGAGGCUGCCGGACGGGGCGGCACCCAAGGACUUGAGCAUGGAGGAAUUCUUUGGGCUGAACGUAAGCCGGAAGGAGCCGCUCCUUGCCGUCGCCGAGCCGAGGCUGCCGGCGCAUCUCUACGCCGCGGUCGACUAGUCAUCUUGGGCUGAUGUAUUCAUCAGGCGUUCCAAUACAUGAAUUGGUUUGCCACGUUAAACACAAAGUGAUUUGUAUCGAUAACUGCGUACAGCCAAGUUUUAUAGUAUUCGCGGCUCAUAAGCUAUUCACAAAUAAAA